AUGGGUGUCUUUGGUGUCUUAUCAAAUGGCAAGACAUACAUAGUGGAGUUGAAUAUGUAUGCAUGCACCUGCAGAAGGUGGCAACUCACUGGAAUUCCUUGCAGCCAUGCUUGUGCCUAUUGUAGACAUGAAAGGAUUAAACCUGAAACCAUGUUGUCUUCUUGCUACUCUGUGCAAACAUACUUGUCAGCUUAUGGAGUUCAAGUAUAUCCUACAAGGGACAAAGAUGAGUGGCCACAUGUAGAUGCACUACCUAUAUUGCCACCACUAUAUGAGAAAAGAGCUGGAAGGAGAAGAAAGAACAGAAGGCAGCAACCAGAGGAGACAGAAGAUGGCACUAAACUCAGUAGACAUGGGGCUAUUAUGCACUGUGGCUAUUCCAAAGGAGCUGGUCAUAACAGAAGUGGUUGCUCAAAGUUGAAAGCUGCUGUACUAAGAGAAGAGGAAGAUCAACAUGAGCAGACUAGGGACUUUGGAAGUGAUCCACAUGAGCAUGGCAGAACAGAUAAUGUUGAAAGUGAUCAACCUGAUCAUGACAGAACAGAAAAUGUUGCAACUGAGCAGCCAGAAUCACAUAGUAGGAGGGGAAGGAAGAGAAAGCCCACUGACAAAAUGAGGGAGCAAAUAGAGCAAAUGAGGGAGCAAGCUAAGAAAAAGAAGUCAAAGAUGGUUAUUGAUGAAAAUGGAGAUGUUGACUUCCCUAUAAUUCUAACUCACAUUCAGAACAGAACUUUGAGGCCAGAUCUUGACCCAACACAGGUUGAAGACAACAUGAUACAUAUUUUAUCACAUGAGGGAACAACACAAGGAAUUCCUGUUACUAGGAUACACCAAAUUCCUAAGGAAAGUGCAUUUGUAGUUGAGCAUAGGGCCAACAUAGCAGCUAGAGGAAGAGGAGUUAGAGGAGCUGCUGCUUCUGCACAAGCACCAGGCAGAGGAAGAGGAGCUGGAAGAGGUGCUGGUUCUGAACAAGCACAAGGCAGAGGAAGAUGAGCUGGAAGAGCUAGUGCUUCUGCACAAGCACCAGGCAGAGGAAGAGGAGCUGGAAGAGGUACUGCUUCUGCACAAACACAAGUCAGAGUGAGAGGAACAAGAGGAAGAAGAGGAACAAGAAACAAGAAAACAAAAACAAAGGGACUGAAGUGGCUGCUACUUGGAGAAGGGUCUAGCAGAACCACACAUGUUCCAGCAGAUGAAGAAUGAGUUGGAGAAGUGCUUGCUACAAUGCAUUUGUUUUGGUAUUUUGUAACUUAAGUACUACUACUAUGUACUGAACUAGUUGGUGUGGUCUUUUGCAUGCUAUCAUUCUGUGUAAACUUGUUGAUGUAAGACAACAAGCAUAUGUGAGA